UUCUAUCUCACCUUAAACCAACCCUAUUUUACGGUAACUGUAAAAACAGUAAAUUACAAUAUCAAUUAAUGUAGUUCACAUUAGGAAAACUUAAAAAAAAUAAAAAUAAUAAGAUGACACUAAGUGCCAACAAAGCAAUGACAAUUUGCAUCUUCAAUAGGAAACCAAAAACCACGGUAUUUCGUCACGAGUGAACAGGAUAAUUUAGCAGAAGCCGCAUAGAACAACCAAGUCAAAGUGAUGAUCAUCACGCCACAGAAGAUCUAUUCAAAAAAGAGCAGAUAUUUUGAUGGUGCUCAGUGAUUAAGUUGCUUAGGCUGACUUUUGGCUUCUGUCCCCCACACACUCCAAGCUUUCAAUAAGAGAUAAGGAUUCAUUCAGAAUAUAUCCAGCUCCACUGGACUUUAAAAUUUUGAGCACUCAAUUCGAUACAUUAGAAACUGCAAGGAAAUCAGCAAAUGAGCUCUUAAAAGGAAACUUUUCCGGAUAAACUCUGUGCUGCAAUACUUCAGCAAUCUUCAUCAUGGCAAUUCUGAUUGAGUUGCUGAUAAUUCUGAUCUCAACCUGGGCACUGCUGAUGGCCAUCUCUCUCUACCGAUCACACAAGUCCAAAGACCAUCGCGAUGUGCCCGAAGCCAAAGGUGGUUGGCCUAUUUUCGGUCACCUUCCUCUGUUCGGCAGUAAGGACCUGAUGCACAAAAAAUUGGGUUCCAUGGCCGAAAAGUACGGACCAAUUUUUGCCAUAAGAUUAGGCUCUCAUCGAGCGAUCGUUGUGAGCAGUUGGGAAGUAGCUAAGGAGUGUCUCACUGUCCACGAGAAGGCCUUUGCCGAUCGGGCAGUGAUCACUGCCACGAGGCUCAUGGGCUACAACGGUGCCAUGUUCGGCCUUGGUCCUUAUGGAGAAUACUGGCGAGAGAUGCGCAAGAUUGCGAUGACUGAGCUUCUCUCGAACCACCGGCUUGACUCACUGAAGCAUAUACGAGUUUUUGAGGUUGAGACAGCAAUUAAAGACUUGUUUAAGGCCUGGAUCGAAAAGGGUAAGCCCAGAAGUGGGAUCCUAGUGGAAAUGAAGUCUUGGCUAGCCGACUUGAUGCUCAACAUAUCAGUGAAAAUGGUAGGAGGGAAGAGAUACAGUGGUUCAAACGCGGACUGUGACGAGGCUGAGGCAAAUAAGUGCAAAAGGUCGAUCAGGAGGUUUUCUGAUCUGUUCGGGGUCCUCGUGUUGUCAGAUGCGAUCCCAGCUCUUGGCUGGUUGGACUCAGGUGGCUAUAGACGAUCGAUGGACGAGACAGCAAAAGAGUUGGAUGUUUUGGCUCGGGGGUGGCUAGAGGAGCAUAGAAGGAAGAGAUUGUCCUGCCCCAAAGACGAUGGAGAGCAAGAUUUCAUGGAUUUGAUGAUCAGCGCCCUCAAAGGUCGGAAUUUUCCAGAUUUUGACGCAGAUACAGUUAUUAAGGCGACCUGUUUGAACAUGAUAAUAGCGGGGACCGAUACUUUGACGGUGGCUAUCACCUGGGCGCUAUCGCUGUUAAUGAACAGCCGUCGUGCAUUGAAGAAGGCGCAACAAGAGCUGGACACCCAUGUUGGCAAGAGUAGGCCCGUGGAAGAGUCCGAUGUGAAAAACUUGACCUACCUCCAAGCCAUCGUCAAGGAAGCACUGCGUUUAUAUCCACCGGCACGGGUGAACGGCCUUAGAAGGUCCAUGGAAGAGUGCACCUUCUCGUCUGGCUUUCGCAUUCCUGCAGGUACACGUUUGCUGUUGAACGUCUGGAAAAUACAGAGGGACGAGCGCGUAUGGUCCAAUCCGGAUGAGUUUCGGCCCGAGAGGUUCCUCACGACACAUGAGAAUGUGGACUUGAGAGGUCAGAACUUCGAGCUCAUUCCCUUCGGCGCGGGAGGAGGUCCUGCGCCGGAACCUCUGGCCCUUCACAUGUUGCACUUGGUGCUGGCUAGAUUGCUGCAAAGUUUUGAAAUAAGCACGGUCUCGGAUGAAGCCGUGGACAUGACGGAGAGCCCUGGCUUGACGAAUAUGAAGGCAACCCCGCUUGAAGUCAUGCUUAUUCCACGCCUCGAUCAGAAGGCUUAUGAAAGGGACGAGCAGGAGAAUUUGUAAUCUUUAUAGUAAUCACAUUAUCAUGAGGAGAGCCACAAGCUCCAUUUUCUCUUGAAAAUUAAACCUAAAUGUGCGUGUCCCACCUAAAAGGCUACUAAGAAUGCAGUUAGGAACGAAACAAAGACUCGAUUACAGUAAACUUGAAGCCAUUACUUGAAUAAUCGUUUCUGUU